AAGGUGUUUUCAAGAAUACUUGCGAUAAACACAGAGAGGGAAUAACCGGUACAAGCCGGUGACAUAAGAAGCGUGACAGAGAAUCACAUGCCACGCGUCUGCUUUCCUCGCCUUGUCACACGCGGUCGCCUCAACAGUCAGCGCACUGAACUUCUGCUGCACAUCCCUCGCCGUCCAUCGACCCUCACUCUAAUAUUUGUGCUGCAUCAUCAUCUUGUACCGCCAGUACAAGCUAGGCGACGAGCAAGAUGGAUCGUUUCACACCCCUCGACACGCUACGCGCCCUUCUCGCCCCGCUGCUCUCCUGUUUCCCCAGCGUAUCUCGACCAGGUGGAGCAGACGACAUACAGGCGGAGCGGGAUGAGCUCGAAGGUUUGUUAGGAGAUAGUGACGAGGUGGAGAUAGAGAGGGAGCGAGAACAGGAGAGAGGGAGAGGGAGGGAGGACGAGGAUGCCAUGAGCUUGAGGAGCGAGGGGGGGUGGCGUGCGCGUGCUGGGAGGGAGCGGGGAAGGAAGGGAAAGGGUAAAGGCGUAGAACUGUGCGGGUUGGAACUCUUUGGUCGAAGAAAGCGGAUUUUCGCAGAGGACCAAGAAGCCGAACCCGAUGCCCACCUGUUCGCUGGAGUGCGAACUCAGCCCCGCGCUCACCCUUGGCAAUCGCACGCCCCUACUCUGUCGACGGGGUCGCUCCGCCUCGAAGAUGCGGAGGACGCGCCUGCCCUCACGCCAGGGGACAUCGCCCGUUUAGCGGCGGAGCAUUUCCAGCCUGUGAAGGGGACGCGACCUGUUACGGACCGGGAGGCGUUUGGAGCGGAAGGGGAGGAGCGGGAGGAGGAGGGUUUUGGAGAGUUUGUUCAGCAUUCUACUGCGAACGUCCCCUCCCGUGGCGGAUUCCCUAGCUCGGGGCUGACGCGUUCCCGCCCACACGUCCCUGUCCCACCGCCCACUCCGACAACUUCCACCCAACCAGCAGCGCCUUCCGCUCAACUUUCCCCCAAACCGCAACCACAACCACAACCGCCUCGGCAGCCACCGCGCCAGCGCAGAGGUAGCACACAGGCAGAGGAAGACGACCCCGAAGGAGACUUCGGCAGCUUGUAUUCUCGAUCUCGCCGAUCCCGUCCCGGCUCACAGAGAGAAGACGGCUCCUCGAGUACGCCUUCCCUCUCCUCCCGUUCUUCCCGUACGCGAAGCGCGCCUUCCGCUGUGCACCAACUACGGAAAGCAGGCAGCGGGAACGGUACUUCCUCUAGAGGACCUAAACCGACACACAGGAGCAGUAUUGGGAGGGAGGGAGAGGCCGCAGUGGGGGAAUUCGAAGGCUGGAUAGGGAGCGGAGAAGGCGGGGAUCUGUUGCCGCUUCAAGCAGGCAAGGCCUGGGCGGACUGAAUAUUUUGCCUUGUCAGGAUUGGGACUGUGGGAACCUCGUCAGACGUGGCGUAAUGGUUGAUGGACAGGAAUGGGAAUGCGAUUCUUGAUCAUGCAGGUGUCGUCUUGCGUAUGCGUACGAGUGCG